CUUUAUGAUUGUAUUAAUUUAAGAAUAAAAGUCUAUAUUGGAUAAUGCUCAUGCUCUCACAGUGAGAAUUUAAGAAUUUGUGCAAAAGUAUAAAACCUAAAUCAACCCCAAUAAAUUAUCAAAACUGUAAUCCUUGAACAACAAUCAACGGCGUCUUCUCCAUCAAUGGACGACAAAACCUUCUCAGAAAGAGUAAAGAACACAAUAGGAUCCCUCUUUGCAUCCCAGGAAAUUUCACCUGCGUCUUUAUCAAACCCACUUUGGUCUCUUACAGGUGCCCGAAUCGAGAAGCAACAAUGGCGUCCAGAUAAACAUACUUCUGAUAGAGAAUCCAACCAGUGUUCUUCUUCUUUCGAAAAAUUUCUUUCCGAAGCUCGCAAAAACUCCCGUAAAAAUUUCAAGAAUUAUCGUAAAGAGCUUCAAGAUGACCUCCCAGAUUUUGAUUAUGGGGAUGAAGAUGAAAAAGAGGGUGGCGAUGAAAAUGAUUCGGAUGCUCAUAUUUCAAUUGGGUUGGAUUCAACUCUUAAUGAUGAGGAAGAAGAAGAUGCUUUUGACAAAGUGGCCACCGAAAGGGAGAAUGCAGGCGAUCGGUUGUAUAUGAGCGAUGUGAGUGAUGGGUUCGAUUCACAUUUCGUCACCGAGGAUUGCCUGCCUGGUGCUGUUGGAAGUGGGGGAAGGGAUCGUCGUGCUAAUGGGCAGGUUGCUGUACAGAUAGAAAGGGAUAAAACUGGGCAGUCCCCUUCAACAUCCGAAAAAUAUUUGAAACCCAUAUUAAAAAGGAAGGAGCUUGAAACAGCUUCGAAGCCAUCUAAACGUGUCAGGUUUGGCCCUGCAUUUGUUGGCAAUGUUGAUGGAGCUAGAGAAGUUUCGAGUAUGAAUACUUCUACAGAAACUAUUCAUCAAGAUAGUGUACCUGCACUAAAUGAGAAAGUGUUACGGAUUCCAGAUUAUGUGCAAAAUCCUUCCGAUUACACACGCUAUGGUCUUGAUUCAACUGAUGAAAUGAGAGAUCAAUCAAAUACUAAUGCUGUCAUACCUGCCAAGCCCUUACUCACCUACAGAAGACGCAGAAAUGAAAAGGGAAUUUGUGGAGAUGGUGAAAAAGGACAAGAGUGAUGGGUCAGGACUCGGGAUCUGACCGUGAUGUUCCUGCUGAUCUCCCAAAAUCAAUAACCCAUGUUUCAAAGAAAACGUCAGAUACUUCCAAACAUGUACAUAGUGAAGAUAGUCAAUUUAAAGGAAGUGAUUCAAGUGUUGCAAGUGAGGAGCUGAAGACGGAAGUUGGUGACAUGAGAGUCGAUGAAUCAGAAACAAGUGCAGAGGGCAGAGGCUGAUGAGGGCUCCGUGUUUAUAAAAAAGGUUGUCAGUACCCAACCAAGCCCUAAGAUGUGCGGAUGCCUAGAUAAUAUUCAGCUGCUGCUGGGUUUUUGCUCUUUUUGGUAGACGACUUGUGGGGUGUAUUCAGCUUGGUUCCAUGCUGUUGGGAAAGCAUGUCUCUAGUAACUUUCAAGGUGCAUAUUUGCAUUAACUUAACCAGUUAUUUUUCUUCUUUUGUUCGCAGAAUCAGUGUAAUAUAAUUCUCCUUUUAAAUCGCGAUUCGCUCAAAAUGACCGUAGAAUAACCCAAAGCCGACCAUAAUUUCCUUUUUUUGAUUUGCGAUUCGCAAGGAGGUUAGUGAAUUAUGUGACGGCGUGCGGAAUGUUGGAAUGAUGCUUACUUUUGGUAGAAUUCGGGUUGCUUUUUAAGGACUUGAAGCAAUGUUGUCUCUCGUUCGUCAACCACCUUUUAAUCUUUGUUGUAGUUCUUAGGUAAACAAUGUUGAAAUUAGCUUAUUAUCCCCUGCAGCGUUAUAUGCUAUAUCCCUACCCGGCUACCCCUACAGUAGAAGGCUGAUAUAUAUGAAUUCUGUAUGAACAGGAUUUUCACCUAUAAUGAUAAAAAAUGCAACCGACUUAUUUUUAUCGCUAAAUUUAAAUCUUUUCUUGUCUUCCUGGAAAUCGGAAUAGCAAUUAUGAAUUGGCGUGAACAUGAUUUGAUGUAGUAUAAUUGAGAUUUAGAGAGUCUGCACCUAAGAGUGAUUUUCCCUCCUCUGCACCCGAUCUGAAGGAUUGUAUGCUGCAGCAUAGUUAUAGUACUGGCAUUUUACUCUUUAUCUUAGUAUCUUGUACCAUAGGAUAUUGGGGGUAUUUGUCAAUUGGCUGUUAGUUGUUAGCUGUUGGUUUUUUUUGGUUCGCUUGUUUGACCAGCUAAAAGUAUUGGCUGUUUUUGUUGGCUUUUAAGUUAGUUGAAAAAGCUAGCAAUUUAUGGAGAUGUUUGGUAAAUUUAAGUAUUAACUGUUAGCGAGAAAAAGUAGACCAACAAACCAAAAGUCAACCAAAAAAGCUAGCUGGAUGAUUUUUUUCAUUUUGGCUUAAAAGCCAGCUUUUCAGCUGUUUUAAAAGCCACUUACCAAACAUGUUUUUGACAGUUUGAUCAACUAACAAGCCAAAAGCCAACCAAAAAGCUAAACAAAAAGCUAAGAAUCAAACAACUCCAUUGUCAAGAACAGGACAAACUUUGAUCCGACUGUUCUGAAGCCUGGUGAUCUUAUUAGUUAUUACUGAUACAUGUGUGUGUUUGUAACAGAAUUUUA